AUGGCUCCACCCAACCCCCCCUACUUCCCCUUCGAUAUCCGCACAGCACUAACAACAUCCCCAGCCACACGCAGCGAUGCCACGACCCCAGGAGCCCCAGGGCCUCCCCCAAGCAUCGAGGCGAUCUCAAUAAUGAUCGGCCUCACAGCCGGUAAGAGCUGUGCCCGCUGCGGCCGCAGCUCCAAGAACCCCCACCACAAACGGACCUUCUGGCGGUGCACGGGAUUCUGCGUGCUCUGCCAGACCAAGCACGGCCACCCGGGCUCCGUGUGCCCGGUGCUGGGCGCGCUGAGGUAUGCGCAUGUUUUCACUCCUGAGUGGUGGCGCCUGAAUACCGUGUUGGACGGGUAUCCGUACCAGGGGAUUCCGCCGGUUGGCGCUGGUGAGGAGGACAGUGGCUAUGAUGGCAAUAUCGGAUCAAUGCCCGGUACGCCGGAUCUCAGAGCGACUGCGAGUUCUGCACGUGGUGCAGGUCGUGGUGGCGCGCGCGGCGGAUCUAGACGUGGAAGAUAUCGUGGGAAGAGUCGCGGAGGUCGGAACUCCCCGAGCGCGAGAUACAUGCCUGGGGAUAGAUACACGCCUGUGGAGAGAUACACGCCUGUGGAGAGAUACACGCCUGUGGAGAGAUACACGCCUAGAUACACGCCUGUGGAGAGAUACACGCCUGUGGAGAGAUACACGCCUGAAGAAGAGGUGGUUCGUUCCAACUCCCGCAACCAGGCGCUCGUGGCGGUUGAGAAUCUGAGGAAGAGAAUCGCGGAAACGGAGGACGAAGACGAAUGGCCUCGCAAGAAGCCGGCGUGGGGGUAUGAGCUUCCGCCGAACGAGAUCGCGAAAACCGAUACUGACGUCAAGCACGAAGCGGUGAAAUCGAAAGAGGAUAGAGCUGCGAGGCUACGCGCAUACUGUGCCCGGAAACAGGCUCAAAUUGAGCAGCAGCAGCGAGAGAAACAGACUGGAUACGGCGACCUCGUGGCUGCCGGAUCGUCCAGAUCAAAUGCAGCUCCAUUGUUGCCUUCCACAGCUCUGAGGACAUCUAGUAUGGGACCUGAGGGUUCAGAUCGAAACAUCCUCCAAGUCAUGCCCAAAUCCACUGUGGCACCAAACACCAAGCCCUCUCACGCUACCGAUGCAAUGAAUGAGGUGAUGCGUUUGAAGGACCAUGAGAAAAAGAUGGGCCCCGACUCCAAAAAACAGUUUCGGGACUACAUCUUUACCAGAGAAGCCGAAAUGGCUACUAAGAAUCGUGAUAUAGAGGCACACAGUGAGUCUCAGAGCCGGCUCGUGGAGGACCUGCAGAAACAACUCCAAGCUGCGAAGUCUGAGAUCGAGAAACUUCGUACGAUGCACCCUACGGCGCGCCCAGUCCAAGGUGAGCAGAUCAAAGGGCCCAAUGAACUGUUGAACGAUACCCGCAAGGAUGCACCCAGGCACGGCACUGAGAAAGCAGCGAUGCAGGUGCACAAUCGAUCUGCAGAAUCAGAGAGUGAUGCAAAUCGCAAGCUGGAGAAGACUCUUCAGCCCUCUAUCCAAAAUCUUCAACAUGAAGCAGAGAUGAUGGGAACACUCUUGGCGCGGCUCACAGUUACGCAUGGAUGGAUGCAGGACCGCAUUAGGAAGUUGGAAUCAUACGUUCAGGAGUCUGAGGAUCGUGAUACGCGUCCCUCUAUUGACGGGGAAGUGCCUCCUAGUCGCCCCGUCGAGACAGCAAAGCAGCUGGAUGACCAGACGAAUCGAAAUGGUCUUACUCAGCCAGUUCCAAUGGCAUCGUUGUUUGCUCAACAGGGUGAAGCCUCUACCAACGACAGACGUCCAAGCUCCGUCUGGCAACCUGUUAUCAAAAAAGAACCAGAGUGA